AUGGUAAAAAAGAAAACGAAUAAUGACAAAGGAAAAGAAGUAAAGGAAAAUGAAGGAAAGCUCGAUAUAGAUAGCGAAUCCUCACCUCACGAAAGAGAAAAUGACAAAAAAAAAACAGAAGAUGAUAGUCUACGUGCAACAGAAAGUGAAGAGACGAAUACACAUAAUGCUAACCCAAAUGAAACAGUACGAGCUGAUAAAUUUUCCCAGGAAGAGAGUCGACCAAUCGAAGACAGUCCACAUACUGAUAAAAACACAGCACAAGAAAGCUGUCAGCCUAGCAGCGCAGAAGAUAAUGUCAUAAAUACAGAUAUUACAAGCUUAAAUGAAAAAACCUCCACGAAUGAUGAACAGGAAAAAGGGUUGCCACUGAAAAUAAGCGAAGGUCCUUUUACAAUCUCUACCCUAUUAGACAAUGUACCAUCUGACUUGAUAUACACAUGUUGUGAGGCGUAUGAGAACCACAUAUUCUUGGGAACAACUACAGGUGAUCUUUUACAUUACUUUGAACUUGAACGUGGAAACUAUAUGCUUGUGUCGCAAACAAAGUUUGAUGCAGAAUCAAAUUCGAAGAUAGACAAAAUCCUUCUUUUACCUAAAGUAGAAGGCGCACUAAUAUUAUGUGAUAACGAACUAGUUUUAUUUAUUCUCCCAGAAUUUGCACCAAGGCCCAACACAACUAGACUUAAAGGUAUUAGUGAUGUCGUUAUUUGUAAUUUUUCCCGAAGCUCGAAGGCUUAUAGAAUAUAUGCAUUUCACGCAGAAGGCGUAAGACUACUCAAAAUAUCUGCAGAUUCAUUAGUACUUACCAAAGCUUUUAAUUUCAAACUAAUAGAUAAAGCUUGUGCGCACGAAGAAACAUUAAUGGUUUCGAAGUUAAAUAGUUACGAACUUAUAAAUCUAAAGUCGUCACAGGUAAUUCCAUUAUUUCGAAUAAGUGAGACUGACGAAGACUUAGAACCUAUAAUAACCAGUUUCAAUGAACAGAGUGAAUUUUUAGUUUGUUCUGGAGGAGGAUCAUACGAUAGUGGGGCGAUGGCCUUAGUGGUAAAUCAUCAUGGCGACAUAAUAAAAGGAACUAUAGUGCUAAAAAAUUAUCCAAGAAAUGUAAUUGUUGAGUUUCCCUACAUAAUCGCUGAGUCUGCUUUCCAGUCGGUUGACAUAUAUUCUGCCUUGCCGAGUGAAAAAUCCCAGUUGUUGCAAAGUAUAACUACUUCUGGAUCGGAUUUAAAAAUUUCAAAAUCUGACAAUGUAUUCACUAAUACCAAUAAUUCUGAAGAAUUCAAAGAAAAAAUAUUCAAUAAGUUGAGACUUGAGCCUCUGACACAUAGUGAUAAUAAAUUUAGAAUUGAAAGAGAACGCGCCUUUGUUGAAGAGUCUUAUGAAGAAAAGACCUCUUUAAUCGUUUAUAAUAAUUUAGGGAUUCAUUUAUUAGUUCCAACGCCGAUGGUCUUACGUUUUACAUCAUGUGAAGAGUCCGAAAUUGAUAAUAUUGAAGAUCAAUUGAAAAAGCUUGCGAAGAAGGAUUUAACAAAAUUUGAGCACAUUGAAGCGAAAUAUUUGAUGUCUCUUUUAUUGUUUCUAAUGACCUUACAUUACGAUCACAUAGAAGAUGAGGUAAUGAAAAAGUGGUGUGACUUUUCUGACAAAGUUGACAUCAGAAUAUUAUUUUAUAUGUUUGGCUGGAAAGUCUAUAGCGAGAUCUGGUGCUUCCAUGGGUUAAUAAAUAUAGUUGAAAGGUUGAAAAGCUUGAAGCUAACUAACAAAUGCGAGAAUAUUCUAAAAAUGCUUCUGAUGAUGAAGAAUGAACUAAAGAAAAAGAAUAAAACUGGACUCUUAACGAAUGACUUUGAUGAUAUAAUGAAAACUAUUGAUAUAACUUUAUUCAAAUUAAGAUUGGAAAAAAAGGAAACUAUAACUGUUGAUAUGUUUGAACGCGAAAGUUACGACGAAAUUAUCAGAGAGAUUAAUUUACAUGAUGAUAAACUUCCUAGGAUAGAGUUACUAAUUGAGAUAUAUAAAGAAAAAGGGGAAUAUCUUAAAGCACUAAAUCUUUUGAGGGAAGCUGGGGAUUACAUUUCACUAGUUUCAUUCAUUGAAGAAAAUCUCAAAAAACUUCCUGAGGAUUAUAUCAAAGAAAGAAUAGCCGAUGAUCUUCUCCUCACUCUUAAACAAGGCGACGAAAAUACUGAGGAAUGCGCCAUCAAAAAGGUUCUUAAAAUAUUGGACAUGGCAUGUAUUAAUAAAAACGACUUUUUAAACAAAAUACCCGCAGAAGAAACAUCCCUGAAGGUAUCAUUCAUAGAACAACUCGGUGUCCAAAACAGCAACGAUUCCAAAUUUCUCUUUAACUAUUAUUUGGCGAAAUUGCGAGAAAUAAUCAACCAAAGUAACAUAUGGUCCAUUCUUGGAGAUUUUAUCAAAGAGUACAAAGACGAUUUCGCGUAUGAUAAGACAGAUAUAACAAAUUUUAUUCAUAUCAAAUUAAAGCAUAGUCUUCAGUGCGAAAAUUUUUCCAAAUAUUAUGAAAAAUGUGAAAACUUGAAAUCGGAAAAUGAAAAAGAUGAUGAGUUUAUUAAUUUCACCUUCGACGAAAUUUCCAAGAUCGAUAAAGAACACAUAUUGACCUUGUUAUUUUUCCCCAAUGAAUUAACAAACUGGGUUUCUUCCGAAGAAUUGCUGAAAAUAUAUUUGUCAUUUAAUGAUUUCAGAAGUGUAGAAAAAUACAUAGGCAAGCAGAACUUGGUUGCGGUGAUGAAACAAUACUUGGACAUAUCUUCUUUGAAUUACUCAGUUGAAUUAGUGACUAAUUUGCUACAGAGAAAUUUUGAACUUUUAGAUGAUACAGAUAUUCAAUUAAAGAUCCUCGAAACUAUACCUUCCGUAUUUCCCGUACAAACAAUAUCCGAAUUGCUUUUAAAGGUACUUAUUAAGUAUCAAGAAAAGAAGGAGGAAUCUAAUUUGCGGAAAUGUUUGUUGAAAAAUCAAAUAUCCAUUUCUGACGAACUAAGCCGGAAUUUUGAUAGUCAAGGAUAA